UCUACUCAUCAAAACAUCAACUUAACUAUCUAUGGCUUCUGCAAAUUUUCUUUAUGCAAUUUGCAUUUGCUUCUCUUUUCUGGUUCUUUCAUCAGCUACAACUGUUACGCAUGACGGAAGAGCCAUUAAAAUCAAUGGCACACGUAGAAUUUUGAUAUCAGGUUCCAUUCAUUAUCCAAGAAGCACGCCUGAGAUGUGGCCAGACCUGAUAAAGAAAGCUAAGGAAGGUGGUUUGGAUGCCAUUGAAACAUAUGUGUUCUGGAAUGCUCAUGAACCAGAACGUCGCAAAUAUGAUUUUACUGGUAAUCUUGAUCUUUUCCGGUUCAUCAAAGCAAUUCAAGCUGAGGGACUCUUCGCAAUUCUUCGGAUUGGACCAUAUGUUUGUGCUGAAUGGAAUUAUGGAGGUUUUCCUGUAUGGUUGCACAACAGGCCUGGCAUCCAGUUUCGCACGGCAAAUGAAGUGUUUAUGGAUGAGAUGCAAGGUUUUACAGAGGAAAUAGUAUUAUUGGCCAAACAACAGCAACUCUUUGCAUCACAAGGAGGUCCUAUCAUUCUUGCACAGAUUGAGAAUGAGUAUGGGAAUAUAAUGUCUGCAUAUGGAGCUGGUGGAAAAGCAUACAUUAAUUGGUGUGCAAAUAUGGCUAAUUCGCUUGACAUUGGAGUUCCAUGGAUUAUGUGCCAACAAGAUGAUGCUCCCCAGCCAAUGAUCAACACUUGUAAUGGAUGGUACUGUGAUCAAUUCACACCCAAUAAUCCCAAUAGCCCAAAAAUGUGGACUGAGAAUUGGACUGGUUGGUUUAAGGGUUGGGGUGGUAAAGAUCCACACAGGACUGCUGAGGAUCUUGCUUUUGCUGUUGCUAGAUUUUUCCAAACUGGAGGCACAUUACAAAACUACUACAUGUAUCAUGGUGGGACUAAUUUUGGAAGAACAGCUGGUGGUCCAUAUAUUACUACUUCUUAUGAUUAUGAUGCGCCCCUUAAUGAAUAUGGAAAUUUGAAUCAACCAAAAUAUGGCCAUUUGAAGCAGCUCCAUGCUGUUUUGCACUCCAUGGAAUAUACUCUUACCCAUGGAGACAUUUCCACAAUAAAUUAUGACAAUGCAGUCACUGCAACAAUUUAUGCAUCUGAGAAAGGGUCAAGUUGCUUUUUGAGCAAUGCAAAUAGCACAACAGAUGCUACCAUUGUGUUUCAAUACUUAGAAUACAAAAUUCCUGCAUGGUCUGUCAGUAUUCUUCCUGAUUGCAAAAAUGUAGCAUAUAAUACAGCCAAGGUGACAACUCAAACUACAACGAUGGUGAAUCAAAAGACGACUUCAUUUUUUGACUGGUCAUGGAGGCCAGAAGACGUUAACUCAACCAUUGUCUUGGGCAGUGGCGAUUUUUCUGCAGACCAACUUCUUGAUCAGAAAAUUUUUAAUGAUUCUAGUGAUUAUCUUUGGCAUAUGACCAGUGUGGAUCUUAAGAAAGAUGAUCCCAUUUGGACUGAUGAUAUGUCUCUUCGAAUUAAUGGUACUGGCCACGUUCUGCAUGCAUUUGUCAAUGGAGAAAUUGUUGGUUCUCAGUGGAGGAAAAAUGAUCUCUUUGAAAAGAGUAUCAAGUUGAAACAAGGAAGAAACUUGAUUACUAUACUCAGUUCGACAGUUGGUUUACAGAAUUACGGUGCAAGAUUCGACUUGGGACCAACUGGAAUUCCAGGGCCAGUAGAGUUGGUUGGACGCAAAAAUGAUGAGACAAUUAUUAAGGACUUAUCUUCUGGAAAUUGGACAUAUAGGGUUGGAUUGCAGGGAUUGAACCAGACUGUCGUGGACAAUAAUAUAAUGUACAAUUUGAAUUUACCUGAAACUUUCAAAUGGCAGGAUAAAGAUCUUCCUUUUUUCACGAUGAUGACUUGGUACAAGGGCACUUUCAAAACUCCCUCUGGAAACGAUCCAGUUGUAUUGGAUAUGCUUGGCAUGGAAAAGGGAUUGGCUUGGGUAAAUGGUUACAGCAUUGGGAGAUAUUGGCCAAGUAUUCUUGCAGACGACGAUGACUGUACAGAGAAAUGUGACUAUAGAGGGGCAUACAACAAUAACAAAUGUCUCACCAAUUGUGGUAAACCUAGCCAAAGAGUGUAUCAUAUUCCUCGAUCUUUCCUGAAAAAUGAUCCCAAUGCUACCAAUACACUGGUUCUCUUCGAGGAGUUUGGUGGAAGUCCAUUUUUUAUAACUCUCCAAACAGUUACAGUUGGAAAAGUAAGUGGGAGAGGCAAUGAAGGAGACACAAUAGAGCUUUCAUGCUAUGGAAAACCCAUUUCAGCAAUCCAGUUUGCUAGUUUUGGUGAUCCUCAAAGGACUAGUAAUGGCUCCUUUGAGAAAGGCAGUUGUGAAGGGUCUAAAGAUGCUUUAUCAAUUGCCCAAAAGGCAUGCGUUGGGAAGGAGACUUGUGCAAUUAAAGUUUCUGCAGAUGUAUUUGGAUGCACAAAUUGUGAGGAAGGUGUUGAGAAUAGUCUAGCUGUGGAGGCUUUGUGUUAACAAGAUGAAACUUUUGUAGUUUUGGGCUAAUUAGGUUGGUUUUUGUUAGGGAUUUAAAAUUUUGCAUGGAGAUGUACCCAAAAUUGUUCAUAAAUUAAUAAAAUUAGAAAAGCUUUAAUUUCUCUUAUA